AUGCCGAUCACGAACCCGUCCUCGAAGAUAAGAAAGUGCUUGGAAGAGAAUCCUGUGCAGAGAAUUCUGGUCAAACGCAUGGGCGCUGCUGAGGAGAUCGCCAACGUGGAUGCUUUCCCCGCCGGGAAUGAGGUCGAUUUUGUUACAGCUGCUAGCUGGUCUGUCGAUAGAAGCUUCGGUACCGGAUGUUAA